AUGAAUUCUAUUCGUUUAACAACAUUAAUCAUUGCUUUACUUUUCACCAUUGGUACGAUUCAAGGAAAACCAGUUAGCCCAUCAUUGAACAAUUUGAAAGAUAAUAUUAAGUAUUUAUUGAACAUUCUUGGAAUCGAAAAUGAAUAUGUACGAUUUUUAUCAUAUAUGAAACUUUAUCCACCAGAAAAUAUAAAAAUGAAAGCUCUUUACAAUGAUUUAUUUUCUUUUGAUUCAUUCAUAUCUGAUCUUACAGAAGUAUAUGCGAAAUAUUAUACAUUAGAUGAUAUUAUUCAACUAAUUAAUUUUUAUUCCAGUCCAUUGGGUAAAAAGGCUAAUCAAGUAACUCAUGCAUUAGAUAAAGAAAUGGAAGAUUUAAUGUUAAAUAAAAUCAGUGAUUAUAUUUUUACAUUAACAGAAAAUGGCAUCAACAUUCGUCUACCACAAAUUCCACAAUAA